CUUUACAAAGGAGCAUGAGGCCGAGUUUGCGGGCAUUGAUAACCAUGAUACAUUUUUUACUCCCACCGACCGUGUGCGCAUGGUCGAGAGAAUCAUGGAACAGACGCCAUUCCAGCCCUCGAACGACUUGAACAAGGUUGUCGGUAUUGCUAAUUUGAAGUUCACCAACGCGUUCAAGGGAAUUUAUCCAUUGCACGACGGACCGUGUGAGGUCCCAGAGGGUGGUGAGCCAGAAAAUCAACGCCAGCGAUUGCGAUGGGAGUGGGCACGCUUUAGAAAAUGGUACAAGUAUCAGCCACUUGACUCGAUUAAAGAUUAUCUUGGAACAUCUAUUGCAAUGUAUUUUGCUUGGCAUGGUUUCUAUUGCACAAUGUUAGCACCUGUUGCUUUCCUUGGCUUCAUAGCGUUCCUUUACGGAGUUGGCGACUCUUACAGCUCCCUCCUGUGAAGGAUGUUUGUGGCAGUAACAAGACCGAUUACGUAAUGUGUCCACUUUGCGAUAAACAAUGCUGGUAUUGGUAUUUGAAAGAUUAUUGUACGUAUAUGCGCGGGGCUCAUUUCUUCGACAACAACUUCACCAUUGCUUUUGCCUGUAUUAUGUCUAUAUGGUCAAUGCUCAUCCUGAAGCUUUGGAAACGUCUACAGGCGACUCUUUCUUAUAAAUGGCAUACAUCUGGUUUUGAAGAGGUAGAGGAGCAUAUCAGACCAGAGUAUGCUGCAGUCGUCACAACACUUCCUGAAAACCCGGUCACUAAUCGUAUGGGGACGUACAUACCGAGGAUGACCAUCUUCAGGAAGUAUGCAGGUGUUUUCAGCAUCGUUACUUUCAUGAUUACUCUAGCUAUAUCUGUUGUGAUCGGUGUUGCUCUAUAUCGAACGGCUGUUUUUGCGGCUGCUGCAAGGAAUUCAGAUGAAAGUAUUCGCAAAAACGCCAAAGUCCUCACGUCCAUGACGGCGGCUGUCCUUAAUCUCAUCUUCAUUUAUAUCCUCAAGUUUGUGUAUCAGUACGUUGCAUAUUGGCUUACAAACUGGCAGAAUCCGCGUACUCAGACGGACUGGGAUGACAGCUACACGGUGAAAAUGUACAUCUAUCAAUUUGUGAACAUGUACUCUUCCCUGUUCUACAUUGCUUUCUUCAAGAUCAACCUGUUUGUGGGCACUCCCGGACAUUACCUCCGACCUUUUGGUGUGAAGGACUGGCGUCUAGACACGUGCGGACCACAAGGAUGCUUGGUAGAGUUAUGCAUACAAUUGGUUAUAAUUAUGGUGGGGCAGCAAAUCAUCAGCAACGUUACUGAAGUAAUAAUACUGUAUUUGAAGAAGUUGUGGAAUGAACGUAACACGCAGAAAGGAAGCAUACCACAAUUACCACAAUGGGAACAAGAUUAUUUUCUUUCUGUUUCGGACGGAACAUUGUUCAAGGAGUACUUGCAAGUUGUCUUACAGCUCGGUUUUGUUAUGAUGUUUGUUGCUGCAUUCCCAUUGGCUCCGUUUUUUGCAUUUAUAAAUGGCAUUAUGAAAAUCCGUUUUGACGCCAUCAAAUUCAUUCGAAACCAGCAACGACCCUUUCCGAAGAUGGCUGAGGAUAUUGGCGCAUGGUACCCGAUCCUCGAAGCCUUUUCUGCAUUCUCUGUUCUCGUAAAUGCAUUUGUAAUGGCGUUUACCUCCGACUUUAUCCCAAAGAUGGUUUAUAAAUACAGUUACAGUCCUGACGAAUCACUCGACGGCUAUUUGAACAACAGUCUGUCAUAUUACGACACCACCUUGUGGAACAAUGAGUCGAGACCUGAUGAGAAGUAUAAAGUUGAAGGUGUCAACCGUCCGCCUUACUGUAGAUACACUGGUUACAGAACUUUUGGCUCUGCGGAGAACUACACAGCACAACAUUGGAAAGUAAUGGCCGGUCGCUUCGUAUUCAUAUUCUUCUUUCAGUUUACGAUGUCGGUGUUCAAAGGUCUUCUUGCAUACGCCAUUCCCAACAUGCCUAGCGACCUUCUCCGCAAGAAAAAACGCGAGGAGCAAAUUGCUAAAGAAAAACUCGACAAACCCAAGGAUAGACGUGGCAGAAAGGGUGCACGAGAACAAAACAUACAUGUAAACAUUUAAUUUGAUGCAUGGUACUCGGAUGUAAUGACAUUUAUUCAUUGAAAACUGUAUACUUAAGCGCAUUCAAUCUACAUAGACUUGUAGCAGGAAUAGCAUGAGGCUAUUAGAAGUUGCAUGCUCAUAUUGCCGUAGAAAUUUCUAGUAUUCUGAUCUUGCACUGGAAUAUAUAGCACAUUCAUUCAUGUAAGAAAACUGAAAAAAUCCAAUCUACAAAGACUUGUAUUAAGAAUAUAGUUAGAGAUUCUCUUAAAUGCUAAAAGCGGUUGCACCGGCAAGAGGCAAUAUUUUCAAGAAUAUUUUUUUUACAAUUAAAAAAUAUAGUAGUUCUUUUCUGAAGUCCCCUCCAAAACCCAAAAAUUAAAUUUCAACUAUCCCCCGGUGCUUCUGCUAAACUCAUAUCAUUUGGACAUUUUUCACAUUUGUACUUGAAAGAGCAAUUUGAAUAUAAGGAUAUUUACACAAAGAAGAUAACUGCACAUUCUUGAAUGUAUUUAAUUUAGAUAGUUCUGUAGUUUAAGAAUAGCUUUAAGCAAUAAACCCCCAAAUUCGCGUGUUAUUUGGCAUUUGCAGAUAUAUUUUCCAGAGUAAGGUCAACGUUCUACAAAAACAAGCGUAAGUAUAAAUAAACAAGUAUGGCAUGUCUUGAUAAUCUUUUGCUUAUGCUUAUAUCGUAAGUGAAAAUCAAAGUGAGGAUCGACUUUAAUUAAAAUUUCAGACAAAAUAUCAUUCCGAAUCUUGAAUACAAAGGGCUCAGUGGAAAAUAAUCUAAAUAUAUAAUCCUAAACAAUUUCUA